GAAAUAGCGAAGCAGUGGGAGGGAGAAGGUGAAGCCUUGCUCAGACCAAAAGAUCUUCUUCUGCUCUUCUCUGUUUUAAAGAAAUCCACGCUGGAGUCCCAAAAUGGGAUUGAGAAAACAGAUUGCAGCUAAGAAGAACAGACACUUUUGAUGGGAAUCUGGAAGCAUCUCAAGAAGUCUGGCUCAGAGCUUGGGCAUGCCCUCCCCCCCUCUUUGACACUACAAAUCCCAGAAUCCCCCAGCCCCUAAGGUCCUUUGUUGUGCCAGCUGGUGAAUUCUGGGAGAUGUAGUCUGAACAAAAGCUCUGAACUUCACUCGUGACAGCAGAAUAAACCUGAACUGGAGGAAAGAUGCAAGCUGACUGACAUUGCUGUCACAGUGCUCCAAUUACCCAGGGGAAACCGGAGGGAACGGCUGUGUGCGCGCCUUUUUGUGCGUGCAUGUAUCAAGGAGUGUCAGGGGAGUUACUCCGAACUAAAGGCUGCCAUGGGAACCGGGAUGAGCAAGGUCGUGAAGGGUCUGUACCUUGGAAAUAUCAGAGAUUCCGAAGACAGAGAAAACUUGGUGAAGCAUGGGAUCACACAUAUCUUAUCCGUGCAUAACAAUGCCAAGCCUGUCUUAGACGAUAUGACUUACCUCUGUAUAUCAGCCUCAGAUUCCUCCAAUCAAAACCUGAUACAAUAUUUCAAAGAGUGCAUCAAGUUUAUUCACGAAUGUCGGCUGAAUGGGGGAGGAUGUCUCAUUCACUGCUUAGCUGGAGUUUCUCGAAGCACCACCGUCUUGGUGGCCUACCUCAUGACCGUGACCAACUUGGGCUGGGAAGAGUGCCUGGCCGCCACCAGAGCUGUCCGUUCUUAUGUGAGCCCCAACUUUGGCUUCCAGGAGCAGCUUGAGGAGUAUGAAAGGACUUUGCUCAAGGAGUACCGUGCAUGGAUCCAGCAGGAAUAUGGCAAAAACCCACUCAAUGACCAAGAGGAGUUGCAACACUUACUCACCUCGCAAGAGGAGAAAACAAAAGAGCAGGAGUUUGGACUCAGGGAAACCAGCUGGACCAGCACUUCUAACCCAACAAGCCACCGGCCCCAUACCACCUAUACCACCAGCAGCGGCAGCCCGACCAAACGGUGGAUGAACAGAUAGGAAGAACUCUAUCUGUUGUCUUCUCCAGUCUGACACCCUUCAAAUGUGUUUGACUACAACCUCUAUGAUCCCUGCAUAGCUGGGGGUAAUAAACUUGCCAUCCAGCACAUGUGGAGGACCUUGAGUUGGGAAAAGCUGCUUUAAAGAUUGUGAAGCAGCUCUACCAUUCUUUUUUCUGGGAAGGACAGCUGUAGCAUUCUCUUGCCCCAUGGCAGAGACUGGGUAGGUUAGCUGUAUCUUGAAGAUGUUGUCGUAAAUUGCAUGGUCAGGGCGAUGGAGCAAAACCUCUCCUGUGUUCUUCUUGGGUCUGCUACCGGCUUGUCUUAUGACCUCACUGGGCCUGUCUGAUUACACCCUACAUGAUUUGCUUGAGUGUGCAAACCCAUUUGUAGCUUUGGAAGGCUUUCCUAAACCAGGGACAAAAAUAAAGGAAUACCUCUGACCCAGAAAUGGGGAAACUUUGGUGCUCCAGAUAUUCUGUAUGACGUUUUUCAGAAUUCCUUGCCUUUGCUCAUCCUGGCUAGAGUUUCUAGGAACUGAAAUCAAGAUAUAUACAAUAUAUUUGGAGUGCCCAACAUUUCCUCUUUCUGCUUUGAACUAACCACUACAGUUCCAGGAAGAGCCAUUUUCAGUGUUAACAACACCAGCACUCAGAAAAUUUAAAAGACAGAACUUUAUUGGGGAAUUCUUGUUUUGUUUCCAGGGAUACAGCUUGUUUCAGCUAAAAUAACAAGGGGACUUAUAGACCUGUAAUAACUAACAGGUUUUGUGGUGUAUAAGCUUUUGUGGAUACAUUUCAUGCAUCUGAAGUGGGCUACCGUCCACAAAAGUUUGUGCCCAAUGAAACCUGCCAGUCUCUAAGAUACCAGAAGACCCAUAAAAUUUACUUGCUAACUCUGGCAGGGAAGGGUCUUUUAGAAAUGAAUAGAUAGGGUUUUUUGUUGUUGUUUUAGCACAGGCACUUUAGAUUUUAACUAAUGAGUAGGAUUAACAGAGCAUGCGAAUUGGAAGAUGACUGUUUCUAGCAAUAGUCUAGAAUAAUCUAGAAUAAUCUAGUGGCAUGUUCUCUAGUCCUGUAAACACCGUCAGGCAUCUAUGACAAUCAGUUGUUGAAAUACUGAGCUUAGUGCAAUGGUCCUUUUCAGCUCACUUCCAAGACCAUAGCUUCCUGGUUGGAAAAACAAGGUCCAGAAGAGAAGUUCCAUCAGGGUAUUAAUAUUUCUAAUUUCUUUAAGAGAGAAAAAAAGAUUUCAGUAUAUUCAUAAGAAAGAAGUGGUGAAAACCAUGUUCUAAUCCUAGUUGAAAGUUUCUGUCAGGUUUCAGUUAUGUAAUACCACCACCGCCACCGUCCCCAUAGAUCUAGAAGGGAAACUUCAGUAGAGAAUUUGUUUUCUGAAAAGUAUUUAAAAAAAAGAUUUAAGGAUUUCCUUGGGAGAGAAGAGACUCUCACAGAAAUAAUUUUUAAAGUGCAGUUUAGACAUAGUUCUGGGUAAAUGCUCCAUACCUUCAUGACAAACUAGGACAAAGAGGUGUGGAUUUUGCCCCAUGUGUAAAAGCCCCUUAAAGAUGGUUUAAGAAGGCAUUUUCUUCAAUUGCACUGUAAUGCAAAUAUAAAACUCAUUGUCUGCAAACAUGUCUACCAUGUUCUCCAGGCAUGGUUUUUGAAGGGACACAAAGCAGCAACCUUGAUGACGUUCAGAAGAUCUGUAGAGGAAAUCCUCAUCGGCUGGAAGCCAUCUAAGACAAACCUUGUGUACUGUCUUGACUUCCAUCAUGGAAGAAAGGUGGGAUAGCCAUAUAAUGCACACAUUAAACAAAAAAAAACAA